GUUACCUAGACACAGCACACGAGCAGCACAGCGUGCCCUUCCGAACGAGCAGGGUUGCACACGCUGAAGCAGUCGUAGGGCCGGGCCGGACAAUAGAUACUUGUAGGAAGAGAUAAGCAGAAAGAAACGGUUGAGGAUACGAUCCAGCAGCAUGGCGUUUAGGGCGACGCAAGCGGUGCGAAUGGUGGUCAAGAAGACCUCCACGGGGCUUGUGGGAUUAGCUGUGGACGUCAACGCGCGAGCCAACUUCAUCGCGUUGCAAAAACAGAUCCUAGAGAAGAUCAAGGUUAUCCCGGAUCACGCGCAAUACCGGAAGGACGUGGAGGCUAUCAGUGGGUACAGGCUCAAAGUGGCAAUGGAGAACGAGGACGAGGAGACGAUAGAGGACAAGAUCAACCACGGGCAGCUGGAGGAGCUCCUUGUGGACGGCAAGAACGAGCUCAAGCUCAUCGACAAGUACGCCGAGUGGCGGCUGUGGGAGGCAGUGGACGAGCUCAACAAGGCCGACCCGGAGAGGCAGGAGGCCUAAAGUUCCCGUCUGUGUAUUUGUUCGGGCGAAAUGAAAGCGCCAUCCACGUGCGUAUUCUGGCGAGAGAAAGCUUAGUAACCCGCCUACGUAUCGGUGCCGAAAGAGGCGUUUAACCUCUGCGUAUUCCGGCCAAUGGAGGCCUACAGAUUCUGUAGCGUGUUCGGGCGAAAGGAAAUGCUGGUUCCGUCAUCGUACCGGAGAGGAUGGAUGACAGUCCAGAGAGGAGAUGGUGUAGUUCGGAGGAAGCGAGGCCGGCACCGUACAAGAAGCCGGUGGGGGGGGGGUAUGGGAGACAUCCUGGGGGGCGGGGGCCGGUAGAGCAACGGAGCGGGCCUUCUUUCUAGCACGUUUUUCGUUCUCUGUGACGACCUACACGCCGAGCGUAUCUCGACAUGUGCAUCUUUUUUUUUAUUUCGAGGGAUGCUUCCUCGGGUGCUUGCAUAGGGCAGUAGGGUGGUACCCUUGAUCAAGAAUGCUGCUCACGUUCGCGAGGCAUACAUGUGUCGAUUGCGACAAGCUGGGUGUUAUCCCAGUCCGGAUACUAACUAGAGCGAAUUAUUGGCUGGUACGGCAGUGUUUUGCCGUGUACUCUGUUCGGAGCGUUCGUGCCUACGAAGUUGUGUGUUGCGUGAUAUUUUCGUUCGCGUUUGCAUCUCUGUGUGGAGAACAUAUUUCAACCUCGUGCACGUAUCCUUGUUUUGCUCGUGUUUACGAGUCGAAGCAACGGCGGCAGAACCGCGUUUUCUCUGUCUGCUUCGCCACUACAGGAGACGAGGCUUAUCAGCUCCUUGUUGCACAGAUUUAUUUCGCCAAGAACCAGAUCUCAAGCGCUUUUGAUACUAUCUCCGUUAUGUAGGGCUCCAAUACCCAAGGGUACAUGCGCGAAAGUCUUCGAAACACAGGAAUGACACCCGAAGAGAAUAAGAUGUAGAGCGAACUCCAACGUACUCGUAUGGAUUGUCUGCAAUGGGGCACCUCAUCGCCUGUACCACGCUCUGCUCAGGGAGUACGGAGUUUAAUGUGGCGCAAAAAGUUCGUGAGGUGCUGGUUACGUUGGUCGCGCGAAGCAUCGUUACGGCUAAUAUUAGGCUGAAGUCACUUGCCGUUUCGUGCGACGCCCCUCCCGCCGCCCCCACACGUGCGGAAGGAAUAUGGC